AUGCCUUUACUCAAUUGCCAUGCCCACGCCGACACCCCCACAAAAGCUACAGCAAAGCUCAGUAUUAUAACGUCCAUUGGUUAUCAGUACACACACCAUCCAUGCAUCAUUGUAACGGGAGGCAAAGAGGCGAACAAAUCCCAUGUCCAUGUACGAUACAUGACUAGGAUACAGUCUGCAGCUUCCACUCGAGUACAGAUAAGCUUGUAA